CUCGGGGAAUGGUCUAACUUCAUGUAAUUUUGGGCGUCUACAAAGAAAGUUACGUUAAGUAAUUUUGGGUUGCAAAGCAAUCCUCUUUCCCUUUCUUUCUCUUCGUUCCCACACGAGGUGACACAGAAGGAUUUUGGCUGACUGUGGAGCCACGAAUCUUAGCUGAAGUCUAACCCCGUCACCCGAUUCUCUUCAAUCGAUUUUCUAAUUCCAGAGCAUAUUCGAUUAAAUUGAACAAUAGAGGGACAUUCUCUUUUUAGCGGUGCCGUACUUGCCCGUGGAUCCCUGUUUUAUUCCGCAACCUUGUUUUCAUCUGGAAAUAAUGCCAUUUUAAUUUACUUGAUGCUAAAAGAUGGAUGUGGAUAACAAGAAAUUUGGGCGAGGCCUGCGCGAGCUUUCAGGUUCCGUAGACCUCAUAAGGCACUUCAAGUUGCUGCCACAUCAUGAGUUCUUCUGCAAGAAUUCACUUCCAGUAUCAGUAUCAGAUACACACUAUCUGCAUAGUGUUGUGGGAGAUGCAGAAAUUAGGAAAGGGGAAGGAAUGCAAUUGAAUCAGCUCAUUGAGGAUACUUCAUUUUCGAGCGAGACAAAUGCACAGAUAAAACCUUUUGAUCUAGAUGUUCUGGUAGAGGCAUUUCAUCUGAGGGAAACAACACCAAUUCAUCUCCCUCCCUCUGAGAAGGGGAUUCCGACUAUAGCAGGCAAGUCUAAGAGUGAGUCCAAAGAGAAGGAUAAAAAACACAAAAAACAUAGGGACAGGGACAAAGAUAAAGAUAAAGAGCAUAAGAAGCAUAAGCAUGGUCACAAAGAUCGAAGCAAAGAUAAGGACAAAGAGAAAAAGAAAGACAAAAGCGGUCAUCAUGAAUCCGGUGCUGAGCAUUCAAAGAAACAUCAUGAGAAGAAAAGGAAGCAUGAAGGAGAAAAAGACCUUAAUGAUGCUCAGAAGCAUAAGAAAAGCAAGCACAAGAGCUCAAAGAUUGAUGAAAUGGGUCCAACAAAGGUAGCAGGAUAAAGGUGACAGUUGGUUCUAUAAUCUAUUAUUUAGUUUUUCUUUAGAUUUUGCACCUGAGUCUGGAAGGAUCAUUUUCUUUCUAUUAUGAAAUUGCAGAGGUACAUAUUUUCAUUCAUACUACCACCACCCCACCCCCAUAGCCCUACUAAUGAAAAACUUUUUUGCCUGCUGUGUUUUCUCCAUAUGUAUUUUUGUUCUUUAGGUGCAUUUUUUAGGGGCUAUAGUUUCCCAUUCAUAUGCACAUCCUAGCAUUCAUUGAUACGAGAGUACUAUACUAUUAUGCGGCUAGGUUACCUGGUUAGUUAUUGAAUGUAGUCUAGUCUUAGAAAUAUCGGACUGCUAAAGAACAUAAAUUGAAUCGGCAAAGCUAUCUAAUUUCGGAAACUUUGCUUAGGAAGUCUUGCUGCUAUAUGCCUUACCCUUAAGCUGCUGUCUGAACCCUGAAUCAAUUAGCCAAUUAGGUACCUUAAAUUCCCAUUAGUGCAUGUCCUUAUUUCACAGCUUUCACAUAAUUAUGCAGUUAUGCUUAGAAUCAUUUAUGGCAUCUGUUGAAACUUAAACAUGUAGGAUAAUGGUUUAGGCUGGUUAUGCUGGUCAUAUGAUCAAAUGCAGCAAUGGUCAAUAUAAGUCUUAAAUACUACUCCCUCUAUUCCUACUUAUUAUCUGUCUAGGUUGGCCACUUUUCCUUGUUCUAUUUCAUCCAUCGGCAUCCAUUUAUGAAAUACAUGCAUGGAAAAAAAAUUGUUUUUGUACUUACCCUGCUCAUACUAUUCGAUUUUCCAUUUUCACAAGAGGACAUUAAUGGGAAGAUAGCUUCUGGUGGGGAUUUUCUUUGUUAAAGCAUUCACAAUUCGAUUAUCUAUUACCCCAAUAGAUUUUCUUAAACUGUGUGAUGUGGUCAACCUAAACAAAUAAAUAGGAACAGAGGGCGUAUAUAGGAUGGAUUCUAACAAUUUAAUAACAGGGUUGGUGGCGUUGUUUAUCUGAAGCAAUGACUUCUUUUUCCCCAUUAGUUUGAUAUUCUAGUUCAGAACAUCACAUAGUUGUGCUUGAGCCUUUGAGCUCAUAUUAAAAGAAUGACCAUAUUGUGUUCUUUAUGGCUGGGAAGUAGGAAAUUGGUUUUGCUUGUUGCCGAAGUUCAGAAAUGCUUUCAUCAUGAAAGCAUUGUAUAAGUUCAUGAUGGGAUUUUUUGCUGCAGAUCUUUAUUUCAGUGUUUAGAAACUUGUGUAUGUUAAGUCACUUGACACUGUUCUUAGAGCUUUUGGUAUUGAGUUGCAAGGAACUCAAUUUUUACUAUUUUUUCCCAAUCGGGUAAGAAAAAUAAAGAAUGAACAGAACAAUGGAAAGUAAUAUUGAAAGUAACAAUGGAAAGUAACAACGGAAAGUAACAUAGAAAGUAAUAACAUUGAUUGUUGUCAUUGUAUGGUGGCCGACAGGAAACUGUACUCUUUAGCGUUUCCCAUCUCAAAACGGUAUUAAAAGUCCUGUCUCAAACUCAUGUAAUCUUAGAUCAUAAAUCUCUCAGCCACACAGUCCCAUUUUUUCAAGACGUGAGUACCCCCGAACUCGGUCUGUUUAAUGUUCUCAUCUUACCAUACUUGCCAAUUACGCAUUUAAAUCCCUCUCAUUUCCUGAACAUGAAUAGCUAGGAAUUUUCAAUAACAAAUAUCACAUUAAUUUUUUGCGCACAAGAAUUAUGACCCCCUGCAUAGUCCAAGUAGGGUUUACUAUAUAUACUUUUUAUGUUUACCAGUAUAAUAAAACUUUAAUUUAGAGUAGUUAAUAUACUACCUCCGGUUUUUUUUAAUCUUCACAGUUUGACUUCACACAAAAUAAGGAAUGGAAUUUGACUUUACUGUAGAGUACACUGUUGAGGCACUGUUUGAUACUGUUUGGCACUGUAGAGGCACUGUUUGGCACUGUUGAGACACUGUUUGGCACUAGAUUUCUUUGCCAAAAAAGGAAAUAAGGAAGUGUGAAUUAUUUUAGACCGUCCCAAAAAGGAAAGUGUGAAGUUUAUUAAAAACCGGAGGGAGUAAUUUAUACUGUGUUUUUGGAAACCAUGCACAAUGCUAAUUCUAAAUCAUAUCGGGCAAUAAAUUGAAUCCGCAUACCCGUCCAAAUCUCAUAUUCCUUUGUGGUGGGACCCUUCCCGGACCCUCACCCUUGCAAGGAUGCCAAUGUGCACCGGCUGCCUAAUAAAAUACAAUAAAUAAAAAGUAUCUUUCUAAAUCUCAUCCUAUCUGUUUAAAUGGGAUCCAUUAGGGCAGGGGUUCUGGGGUACCAUAUAACACUACCCAUUCCCAUCCCUAACUUCUAAUAUGGAGUUUGGAAGGUUUAUUUGACAAGGCAUUAUAGAGAAUCUUUAUAUUGACACUGGGAUAGUUGAGGAUAAUUUUUUAUUAGUAAUUGCUCAUGGAAGGACCAAAACAUACACGAAGUUCAAAAAUAGGACUAAGCAUCUUUUAUAUUUAGUCCUAUUAAAAGAAUAACUUGAUUAAAACUUGCCAAAAUAGUGGUGAAUGAGUCCUAUUUUGGGAAUAAAAGAUUGAUAGUCCUUUAAAAGGAUUGGCUUUAAACAUGUUUCAGUCCUAUUUAUGAACUUAAUACAUGUUUCAGUCCUAUUCAAGGAAUUUUCUCUAAUUUGAUUGAUUUAUAAAGGAUUGGCCUGUGUCGUAACUCAAGAGUGCUUAGCAGUUGACAGUCAGGUCAUACUUCUAAGCACAAGAGCUCUAAAUAUUAAUGGUAACGACUAACUGGUCAGGUUCAAUAUUUGAUACGUAGCAUUUUUGAACUGAAUGACGAUACUUUUCUGUUAUCAUCAACACAACUCUAGCUCAUAAUUAAUAAUGGAAUAAGAGCGCCAUGUUGACAUGGGAGUCUAGUAAUGCUUUAUUUCGGCUAGCCUGGUUACUAUGUAUGAAUCUAAUAAGGGGAAGUCUACCACUCUACCUUCCCUAUUAUUGCAUUUAUCUGUCUUGCAUUUCUUUUUUAUGUGCAAAACACGUGUGAGCUAAUCAACUAGUGUGAAGAUAUCAAGAUAGUGACUUCAAACUGUUGAGUAUAUUUAAGCACUAAAUAUAUUUAAAGGAACAGUGUAUCAUAGGUAGGACUCCCUUUAAAAACAUAAUCCCAAUCUUAUGCUUCCACUGGCACAUUAGAAGAAGGCUACAUCACAUAUAUACAACUCUAUCUUUUUGUGUUUUUUGUCUUAAUGAUAAAAAAAUCAGUCAUCAAGCCUUACAAUCAGGUCUAACAGGUUUGCAGCCUUGUACAAAUAAAGGAUGCUUUGAGUUUAAAGUGUUGUAUUUCAUCAUUUGUCUUUCUGGGGGGGGGGACAUGUUUCUGAACUCGAGUUCAAAUCUCUAUGUGUAAUCCUAAUGCUGUACAAUUUUGGCACAUGAAAUCUGUUGUAGCUAUGGGUGUUCACAACUUAAAACUUUAUCAGCUUGUUUGUGACACAACUUUGCCACUAUUGUGCUGAUUUGUUUUACAUAAUUAAUUGAUAUUCCAUAAUAUGAAUUUCAAGAGGAUGGAAAAUUGGAAAUGAUGAUUUGUUUGAGCCGAAAUGUGUGCUUUAGUAUGCCACUGUGUUACAUACUGGUUUUUUGUCCUUGUUAGAAAUCAGACAUCAAUUUUUCAUUCAACAAUCAACAUAUAUGUCUCAUGCAUCAAUUGUAUGCUGUGUGCAUAAAUAAGUGAGUUUAUGCGAGAAUAAAAAUCUUGUCUUUGAGGUAGAGGUGAAGUCGGUUCUAAACCUGGACAGCCAGACAGGUGACUUUGUCUGCUGCAUAUUUCUAGGGGUUCGGACUGGAACCGGAUCUGGAUUGAAAGCAAACCCAUUCGGGCUCCGGUUCAUCCAAAUAGGCCAGGGUGGUUCUAGUUUUAUACUACUCCAUAUAUCUUUUGUAAAUAGCGUGUGACCAGAGCUGGAACUGAUCGGAAAACAGGACUACUCUUUUUCUUCAAUUACAUGUAAAUAUGUAAUACACAAAUACUACACUUGGAUUAAAAAAAUAUUAUUGACAAUAAAAAUCUCUGUAUGUGUCCUGUCUCAAAAUAGGAGUACUCCGU